AUGGCGAGCCAACCCGAUGCCGGCGCGGGCAGUGUACCCGAGUCUGCUGCCUAUCGGCAGUUCUUGCCGGACCUCACAAUUCCCCGAUUCACGACGAUGCAAACGCAGGACGCUCACGAAUAUGCCGCCGCGUUUAAGCAAUCGUGCGCUCCCCGUGGCUUCAUUCCCUAUACCUUCACUGGCGGAGGCUGCUGCAGGAACCCUUCCGCGGCGUUACGAACGAUGGACAUUGUAGGUGCGACAGAAGACCUCGUAGCCAAACUGCAGGCGAACAACGUGCCUUUCGAGCCCUAUCACAUCGAUAGCCCAGAGUGGCGCACCUGGUCAAACCCCGAAUUCCUGCUGAGCCACAAGGGCGUCCGCCUCGAUGAGUUGACCGACGAGCUGCGAGCGUCGGCCGUCGGCGCCAUGAGGAUCAACGGGUAUCUCGGCGAACUCGUCAAGGCGCCGCGCGUGUGCAACGAAUUUUCCUACAACUUUGUCCUCUUCGGCACCCCCUCGGUCGACACGCCGUGGGGCUUCUCUUUCUACGGGCACCACCUGUGCCUCAACAUCUUUUUGUACAAGGGACAAAUCGUGGUGUCGCCGUGGUUUACCGGGGCGGAGCCCAACAUAAUAGACGACGGCCCGUACAAGGGAACCAGGAUCCUGCUCGAGGAGGAGAAGCUCGGCCUGAAGCUCAUGCAGUCCCUCCCCGCCGAGCAGCAGGCCAAGGCGCAGGUUUACGAGCUGCUCCACGACCCCAAGAUGCCCAAGGGCCGGUGGAACCACGACGACCAGCGCCACCUGUGCGGAGCGUACAGAGAUAACCGCGUGGUUCCCUACGAAGGAGUCCUUGUGGCGGACAUGGCGCAGGAGCAGCAGGAUCUCGUCGCCGCCAUCAUUCGCGAGUACAACUUGUACCUACCGCCGCAGGCCAAGGAGGUGAGGGUCGCGGAUGCCGUCUCGUGGUUCAAGGAGACGUACUUUUGCUGGAUCGGGUCGUAUGGUGACGACGACGCGUUUUACUACCGCAUCCAGAGUCCCGUUGUCAUCAUCGAGUUUGACCACCAUUCGGGUGUCUUCUUGACGAAUAAGGAGCCCGCCAAGUUUCACAUCCACACCUUGCUGCGUACGCCGAAUGCCGGCGAUUACGGUAUGGCACUUCGUCCGUUGAUUCCGGGCAGGGAGCAGAAGUUCUUGUGGGAGGGCUAA